GGGAAAAAAAAACAUAAACCCCGCGAUGAUGCACUGUCGCACGGUGCUGGUUCAGGUGUCGCUCUGCCCCGCCAUGAAUUCCUGAAAGCUUCACUCACUUAACCCCGCGUCGCACACACGUCACGUCCAACCCGACCAGAACUACGAGUACAAAAGUGGCCGAACCACUCUAUUCUUGUCAUUUCCUAUCUCAACUUUCGAGAAUCAGUCAAAAUGGCGGCCCCCGUUCCCACCAACUUCAACGCCCAGGAUGCGGACAACCUCGAGGAUAUCGAGAAGCAGUUCGCAGUCAAGGUCGUCCAGCACAUGGAGACCUACUGGAACAUAUUGGAGAAAGUCAAGGGCUCUUCGCUGCGCCUGACCAAGAUUGACGACGAGAUCUACGAGCACCUGCAGAAGGACUUUCCCGAAUUCGACCCAUCCGCCACGAUCAACGAGGACGAGAUGAAAAGCAAGGACGGCAAGGAGCGUUGGCGAAAGUUCAUGAUGGCCUACGAGAAGAAAGUUGACGACUACAACUUCGGCACCAUGGUCCGCGCUAAUCCCAAGUUCGAGUACGGGCAGAACGAAGUCAUCUUUGUACCUCGCAUGCAGUUCUACGCCAUCGAGAUUGCCAGAAACCGCAAGGGCCUGAACGACUGGAUCUACGAGAAGGCACAAUCGGCCAAGGCCUCCAGCUAAACGGUUCCAGUUUCAUCCGUUCCUUUCGGUUGUGCAAACGAUGACCGAAACAAAUACCGACCACGACGCCGUUGACAUGCUUGACGUGCACUCCGUAAACCUCGGUUCGAAAGUGCUUCGCCCGAGGUCGACGGACCACGCAGUAGACAGGGCCGACUCUUGAUCGACUGAGUAGAAUGGCUCGCGCUUCCGAGCCAGGGGUUCGAUAGGAUGGGGUCUUCUUUCGGGCGAGGUCAUUCUGCCGACUGCGUGUUACGGCCCUCCGGUCUCGCCACGCACAUAGUACUCUUCUAGGCUACUGGGAUGUGGCAGAGACUGAGUGAGACAGUUCGUGCUUGGAUAACAAAUUUUCCACGUCGCUCUGAUUGAAAGUCAUCUCCAGCACCAAAAUACAGGGCCUGCCUAGUUUAACCACAAUUCAUGAGAGAAACAUUGCCAACGUUACCGUC